UAGACUGCGUCGGUCGGUCGGAGGAGAGCUGGAGAGGAGACUGAYUAGAGCCUCGGAAAUAAGAGAUCAGACAAACACAGCGAGCAGCAUGCCGUUUGGGAUGGUAACGCUUUCCACUGUCAGAUACCAUCAUCACUAAGCACUGAACAAAUCUCCAAAGCGGAGGGUAAUGAUGACAUCACAAAUUCAGACUGAUACAGUGUGAUCCAUCAUUCCUGGCCUGACAUUGACAUGGCAACAGGCAGGAAGGGGUCGACCUCGAAGGGAGGAAGCGUGCGUUUCCCUGACGACGAGGAUGCCAUGGGCUCCCCUGUUCACCGUGAGGACAAAGCCAAGGAUUCGGCCAUCCCUGCUCUCCCAGAGCCUGAUGGGAACUUCCUGGUUAAGGUAGGGUUCCUGAGGAGUCUGCAUCGUUAUGAGAUCGUCUUCACCCUCCCAGAGGUGCCUGUGCUGGGGAAAGAUGUGUGCUCCCUCCCUUCCUCCUCAUCACCGACGCCCAGACCCCUCCUCAAAGUCAACCGUGUCACACCCACACCAGAGGGUACGUGGGAGACCAGGGCC